GAGUUAGGUUAUCAAUAUGACGACGCCCAGCCGUAGACGUUUGAUGAGAGAUUUUAAGAAACUUCAGGAAGAUCCACCAGCAGGAGUAUCAGGUGCACCAACAGAAGAUAAUAUUCUCACAUGGGAAGCAAUAAUUUUUGGACCACAAGAAACCCCGUUUGAAGAUGGAACAUUCAAAUUAUCACUGGAAUUUACUGAAGAAUAUCCAAAUAAACCGCCAACCGUCAAAUUUAUUUCCAAAAUGUUCCAUCCAAAUGUGUAUGCGGACGGAUCAAUUUGUCUGGAUAUUCUACAGAAUCGAUGGUCUCCGACGUAUGAUGUUGCCGCAAUUCUGACAUCGAUUCAGUCGUUGCUCGACGAGCCCAAUCCAAAUUCACCGGCCAACUCACUUGCCGCACAGCUUUAUCAAGAAAAUCGACGGGAAUAUGAGAAACGUGUUCAGCAGAUUGUUGAGCAGUCCUGGCUCAAUUUCGGCGAAAACGAGGGCGACGCAGUGCUCAAGGAUGACGUGGAAAUUGAAGAAAUUGCUGCUCCAGGAGCAAAUGAUGCAGACGAUGACCGUAUGGAUGAAGGAGCCAGUGGAUCGAAUGCUUAAAUUUUCAGGAAUUUUUCUGAAAUUUUUCUACCCCCAAAAAUCAUCUGAAAUCAAAAGCUUUUCCCAUCAUCCCCGUAAAAGAAAUUUCGAAAAAAAAUCAAUUUUUUUUUUUUGAAAUUUUUGAAUUUCCCCCCACAUUUUUCUCUCAACACAAUCGAUCCCUUUGAAAAUUUUUUCUUCUCGUUUAUUCAUUUUUUUUGUAUUUUUUCCGGAACACUUUAAGAUACGGUAGUUUUUUUUUGUAUAUAUUUAUACACCCCAGUCAUCUCUCUCUCUCUCUCUCUCUCUCUCUCUCUGUCUUUUGUUGUUUACAUAGAUGAGGAUUUUUUCCCGGUGAAAAUUGGCUGAAAAUCGGAAAUUUUUGACCUUAAAAACUGAAAAAAUUGUGAAAUUUCAAGAAAAAAUCACGAUUUUUGACUGAAAAACAGCUAAAUUUUGCGGAUUUUCGGCCUUUUUUAGUGAAAAAUGGCUAAAAAUUGAUAUUUUUAGACCCAAAAUUUGUGAAAAUCUGAAAAUUUCGACCAAAUAGCUGAAAAAUUUGUGAAUUUUCGAAAAAAUCAUUUGGCAUUUUUUAAGUCAAAUUUUCACUAUGUUUUUGUAUGAAAAUUCUGAAAUUUUGAAUUUCGAUAUUCCAACAAAAUUUUCAGAGUUUUUAAGUUUUUUUUUGCUGAAAAUCGCCAUUUUUAUACUCGAAAUUUAAUUGUGAAAAUCGGAAAAUUUUAGCCAAAAAAUUAUAAAAGUUGGAAUUCUAACUCAGCUAACUUUCAAAUUUUUGUCUGAAAAUUCAAUGUUUUUUUUUCGUCAAAAAUCACCAAAAUAUUGCUCCUUUUUUGGCUGGAAAUUCGAAUUUUUCACUUUUUCCCCCAAUUUUCAUCAUUUGCAAAAAAUCCUCUUUUUUUUUCGUUUUCCCACGUUUAUUAAUUGAUUUUUUUCGGAUUUUAUUGAUUGAUUUCCAACCAUAAUUGUCUUUUUUUUCUUCAAAUGGCACCUUUUUUCUCUCUGUCUCUAUGUCUCUGUGUCUGUCCCAUCCCAAUUCGUCAAUUUUUCGACGUAAAAAUGAAUAAAAAAUUUUGAUGGCAAA